AAAAGUUUCUCGCCACAUUAUCUCACUCACAUGAAGCCAAAUCCUCCUCCACCCUCACAUUAUUUAACAUACACACAUUAUUAAUAUUUUUUUCCUCAAACAAAAAUAAAAAUAAAAUAAAAUAACAGACAUGACCAUGUAUGUAUAAUCUAUAUAUACGUCCAAUAAAGACCACCUGUGUAUCUCUCUGUAUAUGAGAUUUUAUAACCUUAAAGCUAGCUAGAGAGAGAACUCGUCGUAACAUAUAAUUUUUUUACUAAGUCUCUCCACAAACAAACCAUGUCAUCAUCAUCAGCCACCGAUACUAACACUAAGCUGUCGUCGUCUUCUCUGUCGGCGGUGGAGUCUGUCACGUGCGACACGUGCGGUUUCGCUGAGGAGUGUACACCUGCUUACAUCCACCGUGUCAAAGAACGUCACAAGGGACACUGGCUUUGUGGGCUUUGCGCUGAGGCGGUCAAAGACGAGGUGGUUCGAUCUUCCACUCGUAUCUCCGUCGAGGAAGCUCUCCGUCGUCACACGACGUUUUGCCACCGUUUCCGUUCUUGGAGCCCCGACGAGGAGCAAGAUCCGAUCUCGGUCAUUGGUAGGAUCUUGCGUCGGAGCCUCGACGGUUCUCCUCAGAGAACAACCACGAGGACGAGCUCGAGCAGUGCUUUGCCUGGGAUCGAUGGUGUUGCGUCACGACGGUCGCUUCUCCGAUCUGGGAGUUGUUUCCCGUCUCUCUCUACGUGAUUGAUUAGUUUCGUAUUUUUUUGUCUUAAGAUUAUUUGUAUUUAAUUACAUUUUAGAAGGAGAGGAAAGGGUUGGAAUCCGAGGAUUUAAAAUUUCCUAUGACGUCAACCUUUCUUCAUAAGUGAGUUAAUAAAAAUGUUGUAAAAUAUGAGCAAAGCUCAUCAGUUUCGAAAAAAUAAAAAUUCAGUAUUAUGUUAGUUUA